GUUACGAACUGUUGUCAUCUUGGAGAGAUUAUUCUAAUGACAUCCCACAAAUGGGCAUAAAUCUAACUUCUUACUCUCUCAAGGUUAUCGCAGCCUUAAUAUUACAACUUAUAUCACUUUGAAGUAAUAAAAACAACAAUCAACGCUACUCCAGAUUAUGUUGCGUAUUGACCUUCCUUAUCCGGAACCUUGGUGCUCCAGAGUCACAUGACUUGGAUUUCUGCCAAUUUUGUUGGGUACGUUAAAGAUUUCGGCUGUAAAGUAAAAUACAGAACAUCUGUUUAUCGUUUCACUAUCUGUCACCUGCUAGCCUAUAACUCACUUACAUUUUAAAAUUCACUGUUCUACUAUUCUUACUAGCUGCCACUGUUGAAUAUAUAGGCCAAGAUGUUGGUAACGUUUGAAGCCAAACAACCCCAACCAAGAUCCCUUGGUGAUAACCCACAAGACUCAAACACUCAAAAUAAUGCACCUGAAGAAGAUUACCUGAUACAGAAUAUAGACCAGUCUAAUCCUCCAGAUGUGAAAAUAUUCAACUUCACUAAAAAGAAGAACAAAGGUGGUUGUAUUACAUGUAAAAUAAGGAAAAAGAGAUGCUCUGAAGAGAGACCAGUAUGUGCAGAUUGUCAAAGGUUAGGUAAACAAUGUGUUUGGGCUACAGAUGAAAUGUCUAUUGAAAAGAUACGUGAGUUGAAAAAGCAAGUUGAAGAAAAUGAAAAGAAUGCAAGAGCGAAAAGAAUAAGGGUUGAAAAAGAAGCUGCUAGUGAUAAACCUAAAAGAAAGAGAAAGAAGAAGGAAAAAGGGGAGGAUCAAGUUCCAAAUGUUGCAUCUCCUCAAAUGAAUCAUGAAAGUCCAAUGAGUAUAAGUAAUUUCAUUGAUGACGAUAUUCCACUGGAUCCAGAAAUGCAAUCAGCAAGACCAAUACAUCACAAGCCAGGAACACCAAUUUCAGCUACACCAAUUUCUUCAAAUUUAAUGAAUUUCCCAACAAGAGCAUUUUCACCAUCUCAAAGUUCAUUAUCAUUUUCACCAAAACCAUGGGAUUUAUCAAAUGGGACUGAACAUUUGUUUGAAUUCAAUAAUUUUUUUGAAAGUAAUUUAAGAAGCAAUAUUGAUAAAUAUUCUGAUAAAAUUACAGAACUUGAUAAUGAUGAUCCUCAACAACAGCACGGCCAUUCAACUUCGUUACGGAAAAUAGAUUCAUUUGAAAACAUGCUUAACCAGAAUAACAUUCAAGUGCCACCAUUCAUUAAUUUUGAUUUUACCAACACAAUACCGAAAAAUCCCUUCCCUUCAAGUUUAAAUUUAGAUAAUAUUGGAGUUAAACUAUAUGACUAUUAUCAACAUCGUCUUGCAAGGAUCAUGUCGAUUGUUCCUGCUGAAUCCAACUAUUAUCUCAAGGUUUUCCUACCAAUGGCUGCUCAAAAUAAAGGUAUCCUAUAUAGUAUCUUGGCCUGGUCAGGAUAUCAUUUAGGUGGAGAUUUUGAAGAUGAAGGAACAAGAUAUAUGACGAAAGCACUAGAUUUCAUCAAGGAUACUCCAAUUAAAAACGAAAAUGAAACUUUACAAAGAUUGGCAAAUUUAUUAAUUAUGUGUGGUGCAGAGAUUUGUAAAGGUGAUGUUCGUAAAUGGCCAGUUUAUUUGGAAUGGGCUGCAAAGAUCAUUAAAAAUCGUGGUGGACUUUAUGAAUUCAAUAAAGAUAAAGAACAACAUUGGCUGAUGUCAAGUUUCGCAUACCAUGAUAUAUUGGCAAGUUCUACAAGUGAACGUGGUACAUAUUUCCCCGUGGAGCAAUAUGAUGAUUUUAUUGUUAAUUUAGGGUUUGGUGUGGAUCCAUUACAUGGUAUUGUUAAACCAAUGUUUAAUAUUAUUGGUGAAAUUUCUACUCUAGUUACAGAGAGUAAGAAAUUGUUGAAAAUUUCAUCAAAUUCUUUAGGUUAUGGUAUUAUGAAUGAUGAUGAUGAUGAAGGUGUUGAUGGAGGCUUUGAUGAAAAUUCUUUCGAAGUACCUGGGAUAGAUACUCCAGAUUCUGAAAAGGUUGGUAAUGAUCAUGGUGGUGUCAAAUUGUCAAGGUAUGCGUCAUUAUCAAAGAUUAUGCAAAAGGCAUCAUUAUUGGAGAACAAAAUCAAUAUAGCAAAACCUGAUCCAAAUGAUCUGAAUUCAUUUUCUCCAGAGGAACUGGAAUUACAAUUGACACUGUUUGAAUCUUUCCAAUUAACUGCUAAGCUACAUUUGAGACAAUCAGUUUUGAGGUUGAAUCCAUCAUCUUUAGAAACUCAAUUUAUACUAUGUGAAUUGUUAAAAUGUCUUGAUGUUGUUUUGAAGUCAUCAGUUGAAGGCUCAUUAUGUUUCCCGUUAUUUAUAGCUGGUAUGAAUUGUACCACAAAAAAAGAUCGUAAAAGAAUGUUGGCAAGGUUUAAGGAUAUUGGAGAGCGUUAUAGUUUCAAAAACCUAGAAAGAGCUAAAACUGUUAUGGAACAAGUUUGGUUAGUAGAUCCAAGUGGAACAAGAUGUGUUGAUUGGUAUGAGAUUGUAAAGAGAUUAGGAUGGGAUGUUAGUUUUGCCUGA